ACGUGACUCGAGUCUUGUGACAGUGCGGCGAGGAGAAACGUCGCUUGAGUUUGAUAAGGAGUUUCUGUCGUGAAGUUAUCCAGUUUUCUCUCUUAAACGAGAGAAGUAAAGAAAAGUUGGCCAUGGCGCAUCUUUAGGACGUUUGGCCGUCUUAACAGCCGUUCCUGUCCGUUGCACAGAGCGGGUUGAAGUCGCAUGGGGAGAGCGGAGAACUUUGGUCUGGUUUGUGUUUGUGAGUCCAGUGAUCAUCCAGUGCUAGUUUGCUGAAGUGCAGAGGACGCCUCAGACCGGGUAUGGAUACUAAACCUCUUCUCCAGGACAGACCUCCAGCCUACAACACAGUCCCAGCCGCCUGCGACUACGGCUCGAUCCCCGCGACGGUGUUAAAUGGAGGUGAACUCUGUCCCGCAGGUUUCCCAGCUGCCACGUCAGGUUAUCCAGCGGCCCCAGCACCGCCUGCCGCCGUAGCCAGCCAGCCGGCCUACACCAGCAGCUACACCAUCGUCCAGCCCUCUGUGGUGGUGGUGGGAGGAUGUCCGGCCUGCAGGGUCGGCGUGCUGGAGGAUGAUUUCACCUGUCUGGGAAUCUUGUGUGCCAUAUUCUUCUUUCCUCUGGGAAUUCUCUUCUGCCUGGCCCUGCGUCAGAGGAGAUGUCCAAACUGUGGAGCCACAUUCGGCUAGAGGGACCAAAAGCCUGCCGUCGUCUUUUUAAUUCAGUUUUAAGCAUCAGCAUAGUUCCUCUGUAAUCACUGCACAUGAUAAUGCCAAAUGUCGCUUAUGUAACGUUAAGUUAGUAACCAGACACAAACUCUUUGAUUAAUAUAAGAUGGUGCAUGUGACGGCUGUCCAUGUUUUUACAUGCCUCGCAAGCGCUAUUUGCUGAUUUUGUUGUUCUUUAUAUCAAAUCUUAAAGCCAAUCACUAGUGCCUUUAUGAUGGCAGAGAAAGCAUAAACUAAAUGAGCCGGGACUCACUGAGGGUAAAUCCCACACCACUCACUUCCAGUAACAUUGUGUGUGUAAAUGAAACGUGAAAAUGAGCAUCACUGUCGUUCAUUUUGUUUUUGUUCACUAUAAUAUGCUCCCUAAUCAGUCACAUCUUAGUCAAGAUCAAAAAGCAUUGUCUCUGUUCAUUUUUGUGUGUGCUUGAUUUAAAA